AAAUCUAGCAUUUUGUUUCUCAUGGAACAAUUCAAAGGUGAAAUCCUUUGUAUCAAUUAUGAAAAUUACAACGGCAACAAUAGUCACGCUUGCGAAGAACAAUCAAUGCCAGUUCUAAAAUGAAUGUGAGCAGAAAAAAAGAAUGAGGAGGUUUACCAGUUUCCGACUCAUCAAAACCCAAAUCAAAAUCCCUAAAAUCAAACCCUCUUUCUCCCCAGAUCUGAAAUGAAUGUGGAGGGGAUUUCUUCUUUUUGUUCUUCAAUCAAAUUCUACUUAAAUCCAUCCCUUUCUACCAUUUUGUUUUACUGCUAACUCUCCUCCUCAAAACCCAGAUCUGAAAAUCCCCAAAACUAGAAAACCCACAAAACCCAAGAGGCCCCAACCUUAGUUUUUUCGACAUGGGUGAGGAUGGAAUGAAGGUGAAAACAGGGUUGGUGGCAGAUCUUGGUGUGGUGGUUUUGGAGAAAAUGGAGGUCAGGCAAGGGCAAUCGGAGAAAAUGGAGGUCGAUCGGUGCCAUUUUAGAGAAAAUGGAGGUCGGGGAAGGGCAAUCCUUGGAGGUCGGGGAAAGGCAAUCGUAGAAAAUGGAGGUUGAUGAAAUUUUGAUCUUGGGUCCCACGCCAUAGCCACCUACUAGGAAUUACGAAGGAGAGCAAACUGAGUUAGAGGAGAAAGGAAAGGAGAGAGAAAAAAAGGUUGGGCAACAAACACCGUCAGUUGACAUAAUAGAUAUGGUUAAGGUGU